CGGACACCGUGGCAGCUCCGCCGCCAGCCCCGCGCUCCGCCCCGGCCGCCUCCCGCCUCCCGCCGCCGCAGCUGCAGCAGCACCCGCGUGCCCAGCCAGCCUCCGAGAUAACUCCAGCUGGCCCAUUUAAGAAACGAGUUCCCCUAGGGGGAAAACUACAGGCAUUUGAGGAUAAACUACUUUCUACAGCUUUGACAGAAAGCUGACCUGGAAACUUGGACUCCAAGUUACGAGUUAACCCUGAUUCAUAAAAUGGAAUAAAGCUUGAAAAGCAUCACCUACUUCAUUGUGGAUCUGAGACACGAUUGGGAUGUUGGUAAGAGCAAACAACUAGACUGAGCUGCAGCAAUGAGUUCAGACGAGAGGGGCAUUUCCCCGGCUCAUAAAACAGCCACCCCAACCCAUCGAAGUGCCUCUUCUUCCACGUCCUCCCAGAGGGACAGUCGGCAGGGGACCCACAUCUUGGAGAGGACGGCCUCCUCCAGCACGGAGCCCUCUGUGAGUCGGCAAUUGCUGGAGCCUGAGCCGGGGCCUCCAUCCAAGGGAUGGAACCUGGGCUCCUCACAGGUGAGGCAUGAGCUUUACCCUGAGCCACAUCCUGGCACAGAAAUCUAUCAUUUUUAUGGAAAUUUUAAAUCUCUUUUUCUGGAAGCUGACAGCUGGGAAAUCAUAGAGGGACUGAAGAUAGGCCAAACCAAUGUCCAGAGACCAGAUAAGCAUGAAGGCUUUAUGCUGAAAAAAAGAAAAUGGCCCUUAAAGGGUUGGCACAAGCGUUUUUUUGUCCUGGAUAAUGGAAUGUUAAAGUAUUCAAAGGCCCCACUCGAUAUUCAGAAAGGAAAGGUCCAUGGGAGCAUUGACGUGGGGCUCUCAGUUAUGUCAAUUAAAAAGAAAGCUCGGCGAAUAGACCUUGACACAGAAGAACAUAUCUAUCACUUGAAGGUGAAAUCCCAGGAUUGGUUUGAUGGAUGGGUCUCCAAACUGCGCCAUCAUAGACUGUAUAGACAAAAUGAAAUUGUGAGAUCACCACGAGAUGCUAGUUUUCACAUAUUCCCUUCAACUUCCACAGCUGAAUCUUCACCAGCUGCCAAUGUGUCUGUUAUGGAUGGAAAGGUACAGCCGAGCACCUUCCCAUGGCAGUCCCCACUGCCAAGCAGCAGCAGCCUCCCCUCAUCCUGCACCACAGGCCCUAGCAAGGUGGCAGCAUGGCUACAGGACUCAGAAGAGAUGGACAGGUGUGCUGAAGAUCUUGCUCACUGUCAGUCUAACCUUGUGGAACUCAGCAAACUUCUGCAAAAUUUGGAAAUACUUCAGCGAACUCAGUCAGCUCCUAACUUUACUGAUAUGCAGGCUAACUGUGUAGAUAUUUCAAAGAAAGACAAGAGAGUCACAAGAAGAUGGAGAACAAAAAGUGUCAGCAAAGAUACAAAAAUACAACUGCAGGAAGGGCCACCUGCGAAGGGGCAGUUCAGCACCACCCGGCGCCGGCAGAGGCUCGCGGCAGCAGUAGCUACAACAGUCCCUUUCAGUGCUACCAUGUCGCCAGUUCGCUUGCAUUCUUCCAACCCCAACCUCUGUGCAGAUAUUGAGUUCCAGACGCCCCCUAGCCACCUCACUGACCCUCUGGAAAGUUCUACAGAUUACACAAAACUUCAAGAAGAAUUCUGUUUAAUUGCACAGAAAGUGCACUCACUUUUGAAGUCUGCAUUUAAUAGCAUCGCGAUAGAGAAGGAGAAGCUGAAGCAGAUGGUUUCUGAGCAGGAUCACAACAAAGGCCACAGCACCCACAUGGCUCGGCUUCGACAGUCCCUGUCUCAGAGUGAAGGACCAAGCAAAUCCUGGGCACUGAACCAGAAUGCUGAACUAAGGAGUCGGUUGAACAGAAUACAUUCAGAGUCUAUUAUUUGUGAUCAGGUUGUCAGUGUAAAUAUUAUUCCUAGCCCUGAUGAGGCUGGUGAGCAAAUCCAUGUCAGUCUCCCUUUAUCACAGCAAGUAGCCAAUGAGAGUCGCCUCUCCAUGUCUGAAUCUGUCUCUGAGUUCUUUGAUGCCCAAGAGGUACUCCUCUCUGCAAGUUCAUCAGAGAACGAGCCUUCAGAUGAUGAGUCUUACAUCAGUGAUGUUAGUGAUAACAUAUCUGAAGAUAAUACCAGUGUCGCAGAUAACAUUUCUCGGCAGAUCCUUAAUGGAGAGCUCACUGGAGGCGCCUUCCGGAAUGGACGUCGAACAUGCCUACCUGCCCCCUGUCCCGACACCAGUAAUAUUAACCUGUGGAACAUCUUGAGGAACAACAUUGGCAAAGACCUGUCCAAGGUGUCCAUGCCAGUGGAACUCAACGAACCACUCAACACUCUACAGCAUCUCUGUGAGGAAAUUGAAUAUAGUGAGCUUCUGGACAAGGCUUCCGAAACUGAUGACCCCUACGAGCGAAUGGUUCUCAUUGCAGCAUUUGCAGUUUCAGGAUAUUGCUCCACCUAUUUCAGGGCAGGAAGUAAGCCAUUUAACCCUGUCCUUGGCGAGACUUAUGAAUGCAUUAGAGAGGACAAGGGAUUCAGAUUUUUCUCAGAACAGGUUAGCCAUCAUCCACCCAUUUCUGCCUGUCACUGUGAAUCCAAGAAUUUUGUGUUUUGGCAAGAUAUUAGAUGGAAAAACAAGUUCUGGGGCAAGUCAAUGGAAAUCCUGCCGGUAGGCACACUGAACGUUGUGCUCCCAAGGUAUGGAGAUUGCUAUGUGUGGAAUAAGGUUACAACAUGUAUACACAACAUUCUCAGUGGGAGGAGAUGGAUAGAGCAUUACGGAGAAAUAACCAUUAGGAAUACCAAAAGCAGUGUUUGCAUUUGCAAACUCACAUUUAUUAAGGUGAAUUACUGGAACUCGAAUGUGAAUGAAGUCCAGGGGGUUGUGAUAGAUCAGGAGGGGAAGGCAGUGCACCGGCUGUUCGGAAAGUGGCAUGAAGGACUUUACUGUGGCGUGGCCCCUUCUGCAAAGUGCGUGUGGAGACCAGGUUCCAUGCCAACCAACUAUGAGCUCUACUAUGGCUUCACCAGGUUUGCUAUUGAACUCAAUGAGUUAGACCCUGUACUCAAAGACCUCCUUCCACCAACAGACGCAAGAUUCCGACCAGAUCAGAGAUUUUUGGAAGAAGGAAACUUAGAAGCUGCAGCAGCAGAAAAGCUAAGAGUUGAGGAACUGCAGAGAUCUCGAAGGCGCUACAUGGAAGAAAACAACCUUGAACAUAUACCAAAAUUUUUUAAAAAAGUGAUUGAUGCCAAUCAGAGAGAAGCCUGGGUUUCUAAUGACACCUACUGGGAACUGCGAAAGGACCCUGGGUUUAGCAAAGUAGACAGCCCAGUUCUUUGGUAAACUGGGAAUGUAGAGCUAGCCAACAUAUCAUGCUCUGAAUGAAUAAAUAACUAUGCACAAUUAUGUUUCUUAGAGCUCGGCGUGGUUUCUGGGUUGACUGAAAACCAACCAUUUGCUUUUCUAUUCAUCUUUAUAAUGGACUCUCAGAAGUGCAUUAGACAACCCCCCUGGCCACUUUUGGAUCCUUUCUGUUUUGCUGCAACCAUAUUCCUUAAACAACAUCCACACCCUCUGCAAAAAGCUGAAUAAAAGGAGCAGAAUAUAAAACCCAAAGUUUGAAGAGUUUGCAAAGAAAAACCUACUGUGACUGGUGCUUACAGUUGAUGCAAAGAGUUGAAAGCAACGUGACCUAGAAACCAUGUGUUUGGUCCUUUUUGGGGGGACAUGGCAUCACCCUCGAACCAUAGGAGCUCCUGGGCCAUGGCCACUGACCUGCUCAGACUUUGAGUGUGUCUGUUUGACGUGGUGUCCUUGUGCUGGCCUUGUCCAAACAACGUGAUGCUUUUCAGAAUCUGUUCCAUCUGUACACCAUCGUUCAUGCCUUAAAAAAUGCAAAGAUGUACAAUAAACCAUUUUCUGAAUGUGUGCUCAUAGAUUUAUGUGAAGGACAGGUGUCUUUUGAAUCAUGGCAUGAUUCACUCUCUGGAAUCCAAACAAUAUGAGACUGAUUUUGGUGGAUUGCAGUGUAACUCGAGGUUAUACUGAUAGGUUUUUAUAGCAUAUCUGAAGGGUUAAGAAGAAAAAGGUGUGCUGCAAAGUAAAUCUCUGUAUUCAAAUUGCUUGUUGAGUUCCACUCCUGCAUCCAAAUAAUAAAUCCUUCUUCCACUUA